UGCAAACCCGAGCUGGAGUCAGAGAAAUCUCCAGCAUUUCAGACAAGUGGAAAAGUUUGGGCUCUCGACUGUACCAAGGGGGAGCGAUGCCGGAUAAUUAUUACAGAUGAGAUACUGUUGGAAAGUUGGAGACUUUUGCCCAGGAACAUCAACCCAAGAAGAUCCAGCGUACCACAGGGGUGGAAGAUGCGAUUAAUACAUACACAGGUGGCGUCAGACAUGCGGGCUCCCAGAGGCCAGUCUGACCACAAGAGAGGAAGAUGUGAGCUUCGGGAGCAAAGUGGGCAAGCUAAAAUGCUUCUUGGAUGCAAACAUCCCAGGGGCAGAUGUCGAUCAGGAAGCGGCAUGGACCGGUUGGAGCAGGCUGUCACCUGGCUCACAGUCCCACUGGAUGAAGAAUCAGCCCUCGAAACACGUCUCUCCAGCACGGCUCCCACGCUGGCCAGAGGAAAAGGGAGAAGGCAAGCAACCGACGCCUCAUUGACUUGUUACUGCCACCAACCCAUUGACCUGCCCACCAAGGCAAAGCCCAUCAAGCCAUUCUUAGCCUUCGAGUUUAUCCCCAUUCUCGGCCCCGAGGACACGGGUCUCAGUAACGGGCAGUGCAAUCCUGCUGCCCAGGAGAAAGCUUCCAGUACAUUACACCGCACCAAGUGGGCGUUCAAUAAAUGCUGUCGUCACUACUACUACGACAGCCCCCACGCCCCCUUUCAUCCCUACAUCUCCCAGCAGGAUUCUCACUGUAGCUCCCUUGAAAAAGAAUCUGGUACAGAGCGAUUUAACAAUCUGAGCGCCAAACGGCAUUUUGCUUAUCGAUACUCCAAGCAGGCGAGUAAAUGA